AUGGAGUCUGCACGCUACAGUCUACCAUCCCCUGGAUCACCAACGGAGUCCACAAAACGCAUCGCGAUCGAUACGCUGCUGAAUCCGACCAGCAGUGUUAGUCCGUCAGCGUAUAGCCCACGCUAUGUCCCUCGGUCCAUACACGAGUCAGGGACUCGUAUGGACUAUCAAGACCGCCGUGAGAGAUACUCCAGUGGAUCUUCGACCACUAUCAGUAGCACAUGCUCGACGCCCACAAACUCAUCUUUCCAGGGCUAUCAUCAAACACACUUCCGCCCGAUUCAAUACCUAAACACCGGCUUCAAUUCCUACGAUGGACGGCCUGAACCCACGUCCGCAACCUCCGACAGCUACCACUUCCCCCACCACCAUCACCACCACAGCAAUGGGCACAGCAAUGCCAACGGCAUUAGCAAGGGCCCAGUAUCUCCCGCGUCCUCCCCAAAGCCAUACCGAAGAGAACGCUUCCCGUCCGUAUCUAGCGGAACAUCAUCUACGGCAGUACCCGAACGCCGUCGGCCGCCACGUCCAAAAUACGACGAGGAAGAAAUGUACUUUAUCUGGUACCAUCGAGUCGACCUAGGCCAGGAGUGGAAGCAAGUUCGAGAGUGUUUUAAUAACCAGUUCCCAAAUCGCCAACGGACUGGCUUCCAGGGAAUACAGUGCAAAUAUUACCGCUUCAUAAAAGAAAAGAACUGUCCCACCCUGCGAGAACAACGGAGAAAACGAAGUGCAGCUGCAACUUCAACGACUGCCGGCGGUGAUACUGGCAGCGACUCAGAGGCUAGAGGGAAAGGCCACAACUUUGGCGGACCCGGUUGUCGUUUCAACGACGAUGGUCCAGCUUACGGAGUAGUUCGCUGGACGGGCACCCGAUUCCCCUGGAUGAAACAGUGA